AUGGCAGCACUCCCGGAGGACCAGCAAGUCGAUGUCAUCCCAGACCACCUCAAAACCCGUAUUAAGGAAUCUUAUGAUGCCAUCGCUCCGGAGUAUAAUGAAUGGACCGCUCAGCAUUCAGUCCUUCGUCUCGAGUAUCUCGAAAAGCUAAUUGAGAAGCUCCUCAGUGCGAAGCCGCUCUCGGGGCAGAUGUCCCUUGUUCUUGAGCUCGGCUGCGGCAGCGGCGUUCCUGUCACCGAUAGGCUUCUCACGACCCCGGAUGUUUUCGUGACUGCCAACGAUCUAUCGAGCACCCAGAUCAAGCUGGCCAAGGAAAACCUCGCCAAACAUGGCACUGACCGCAUCUCGUUUGUUGAGGGUGACAUGAUGGGCCUUGAAUUUUCCGAAGGCUCCUUCGAUGCUAUCCUGGGCAUGUACAGCGUUAUCCACCUGCCGCGUGAGGAGCAGAGUGAGAUGAUUCGACGCAUGGCUAAAUGGCUGAAGCCUGGUGGCCUGCUGCUCGUCAAUUUUUCCGCCGAAAACAUGCCUGGUCUCGUCAUGGAGAAAUGGCUGCAUGAGAAGGGCUGGAUGUACUGGAGCGGCUGGGGUGCUGAGGAGACCACGGACAAGAUUAAGGACGCAGGGCUCAAGGUCAUUCUCAACGACGUGGUGCAAGAUGAGGUAGAUGCUGCCUUCUUGUGGAUUCUUGCAAUCAAAUGA